CAAAGCACAACGCAUAGGAUGGGGCAAGCAUUAUGAGGAUACUCACAUGGAACGUUAACGUCCUACGGACAUGUCUAGAUUACCACCCGUUCAGCUCGAUGAAGAAGAAGAACAUCGAAGGCCUGCUCGAUGAACUGGAUGCCCAGAUAUUUUGCUUUCAAGAACAUAAAACGGUCCGCACACGUCUAGAGAAGUCAAUGGCUUGCCCGGGCCCAUACGACGGCUUCUGGACUUUUCCUCGUUCCAAAACUGGUUAUAGCGGAGUCUGCACCUAUGUGGAUUCUCGCUAUUGCGUGCCUCUCAAGGCGGAAGAAGGUAUUACCGGACUUCUUUUAGGCGACCGGCUGAGUACGAUGAAGCCACCAUGGACCGAUGCGGAAAGAAUAGGCAGUUAUCCUGAUGUGAAUGAUAUGGAAUGGAUGGAUGAGCUGGACGGGACAAAGUUUGAUGUCAAGAAGCUCGACAUGGAGGGACGGGCUGUGGUAUGCGAUUUCGGACUGUUCGUCUUAUUCAACCUUUACUGCCCGAACGAGACAAAUAGUGCUAGGCGACCAUACAAAAUGAACUAUCUACACGCUCUUCAAGAACGUGUACAGCUCCUUCAGGCUGCUGGGCGCGAAGUCAUGCUCGUGGGAGAUAUCAACAUUGUACGCCAGCCGAUGGAUUCCGGAGAAGGACCUGUGAGGUCUUCAGCGGAGCAACAUUAUUCCCACCCUGCAAGACGGAUACUUGAUGAUUGGUGUGCGCCGAAAGGACCGAUGAUAGAUGUCGUCAGAGAGAGCUGGCCUCAAAGAGAUGAUAUGUUCACCUGUUGGAAUCAGAAACUCGACGCCAGGUCGGCAAACUAUGGAAGCCGUAUUGACUAUGUACUAUGUACACCUGGUCUUCGUCCAUGGAUCAAGGGCGGCGAUAUACUUCCCAAGGUGUACGGGUCUGAUCACUGUCCCGUGUAUGUCGACUUGCAUGAGUCCAUCGUCACUCCAGAAGGGGAGACUCUCCACCUUCGCGAUAUGCUUAAUCCCAAAGAUCGACCCACUAGCACGUCUCCUGUAUACCCAAAUGAUGUCAAGAGGGAAGCACCUGAGCCGCCAAGGUUCGCAACCAAAUUUAUGGACGAGUUCUCAGGGAGACAGACAAGUCUAAAGAGUUUUUUUGGUGGAGGAUCGAAGCGGGCACAGGAGAAGACGAAUGGAGCCAGUCUUAGUACAAGUGUGAGCGCGAGUGCUAGUCCGGCUCCAACCCCUACUGCAUCAGAAUUAUCAUCGGCAGUGCAAGCAUCCGAAUCUGGUGCUACAAAAAUUGUUUCACUCCCGCAAGCGCCGGAAGAAUGCGUUUCCGCCCCAUUCAGCCUUGCUCGAACUGCUUUCAGUUCGUUGGACAAUCCCUCCCCUGUUCAUAGCCGGGAAUUAUCUUCCAAAACAAGCGACGGUGCCCCAGUAAAGGCAACCUUAUCGUCCAAACAAGAUAAAUCUAGCGCAAAGCCCAUAGACAUGACAUUAGAUGACGAUGAGGAUGAUGAGCCAAUCUUGGUAUCGUCAAAAUCGGAAAACAAGCCCCCACCGAAACCUACGAGGUCAUCGUUGUCUGGUUCGAAAUCAGCCUCCUCACAAGUCAAGCUCUCUUCAUUUUUCAGUCAACCGCAUACCGAAGGCAAAAGAAAAUCCCCACCACCACCAUCCUCAGCUCCUUCUAUCUCAAAACGGCCCUCAUUGGCACCACUUCCUCAGUCAAAUAAUGCUCCGUUUGCUGCCUCUCCUUCCGCCACAACUGCGGAAGAUGAGUGCCAGGGCAUGACAGAAGAAGAGAAUCAACUUAUUUCGCAAGCUAUUGCAGAAGCAGACGCAGAAAGAGCAGAAAAAAACGCAAAAGCUGCUCCGCAAUGGUCCAGCCUUUUUGCCAAAAAGCUGCCACCGUUGUGCACAGUUCAUCAUAAGCCGUGCAAGGAUUUUGUUGUAAUGAAGCCUGGACCCAAUAAGGGGAAAAGGUUCUGGCUAUGCUCCCUGCCGGUUGGCGCAGGGUACGAUAUGGGGAGAUCGAAGAGACCGAGAGAAGAUGUAAAUCCUAAAUUCCGAUGCAAUUUUUUUCUCUGGGAUUCUGCCAAUUCGAGAAAAGAAACCCCGAAUGAGGGGAAAGAGAAGAAGCUGUAGCCAUGUUGUACACUGUGCUCUUACUGUCACGCAAUGCAUUGUCUGUACUACCG